AUGAAGAAAAAGUACAAAACAAAGUUCCCUGUGGCGCGUAUCAAGAAGAUUAUGCAGUUGGAUGAAGAUGUUGGCAAGGUUGCUCAAGCUACUCCAAUCUUGAUUUCUAAAGCACUGGAACUGUUCAUGCAAUCGUUGAUAGAUCAAGCAUGCCAGGAAUCUCGCGAAAGAAGUGCCAAGCGAUUAACAGUGGCCCACCUGAAGAAGACCAUUGAAACUGUUGAUCAAUUCGAUUUUUUGAAGGAUAUCGUAUCCAGUAUUCCAGAUCCUUUAGAAUCACAACAAUCCGAUACUGUGAACAAACCAAUACGUGCCAGCAGAAAAUCAAGAGUCAAAGAAGAAUAA